AUGGUGGAUGAAGCGACCAAGAGAACGGUAGCUUCCAUUCCGACUUUAAAAACAAAAGCUGGACCUCGCGAUAGCGAUGAUUGGGUUCAGAGGUUAAAAGAAGAGUACACCAGUCUUAUUAAGGUAAAAGUUAUCAAGGCAAAGAAAAUAGUAUUCAUCGGCGUGUUGAAAAGCUUACGUGUCCAAAUGAAAUAGUUUAAGAACUUGUAACAGGGGCACCCAACGAGAAUAUAGUUCAAAACCACUUAAACAUAGCAUUGUUAAACGUGUUUUAGUAUUUAAACGGUGGAUAUGGGCAUAUUUUUAUCCCCUAUAAAUUUUUGAUCUGUUCGGAUUUCCUAGCUGAAAGUCUAGUGAUCCGAAGAUUAUAGGGAUCAAAACUUACCUGUUCGAAAAUUUCAGCCUGAAAAAAGGCUCCCGAAAAUUUUAGGUGACCUUUUUAGGGUAAUAAUCCGUUGAAAAUGGGCAAUAUAUGGUAAAAAAUCUACAAGCUUUUAGGAUCCUCUCCGUCCGUUCGUUCUUUAAAAUGUUGUUUACAAGGCUUUUAAGAUCUAGAGUUUAGCAGAAGGCUUGUCUAUAAAAAGGCUUUUAACAGGUUGGUUGCCCCUGUUGUAACCUUAUAACAAGUGUAUUUUGUUGUAGUAUGUGAGUAAUAACAAAGAAGCAGACAAUGACUGGUUCAGACUUGAAUCCAACAAAGAAGGAACCAGGUGAGGCACUCCUUUUCUUUUUAAUUUCUUAAGAUCACAAUUCAUUUGCCCAGAUAACAAUAAAUUUCAUUUAAUAUCAUUCAUUCUAGGUAUGCUUCGUUUCUGCACUGGCAAAUUCUAUAAAAUCAGCCAGCUUUGACCAAAUUUGUGAGACGUUUGCAAUAUCCAGUAAAAUGAUAUUGAUAGUAAAGGAUAUUGACAGGAUAAAGGGAUGGCAACAGAGAAGUCCUGGGUACAAGGUUGUCUUAGCUCAGCUGUUUUGGUAGAGCUGCAGAAAAUGGCAGAAAGUUUCACAUGUUUUGCGAAGAAGAAAUAGUUAAACUUUUGCCUAGAAGCAAAAAAAGAAAAGCAAAAUUAGUCGUUUGGGGUCCACAUAUUUAAUGUGACCUUUUUUAUAACUGGAAAAGGUCAUUGACUCCAAAUUUAAGUAAAAAAAGGAGAUGUUCUCCAACAAAGUGUCAUAUUUAGACCCCCCAAAAAGGUCUCAUGACCUCAACAGGGUAACAAAAUGUACAGAUUUUUUCUUAAAAAGGGUGGGAGUUUGAAGACUUCAGAAGCAUACUUCCCUCCAUUGCCUCCCCUCUCCCUCCCCACAGGAAGUUGCUCAAUCCUCAUAGCACGGGGUAAAAUUGGAUGUUUCCAGAAACAGUCUAAUCCCCACACCAAGAACGGUCAUUGAAAAGAUCACGAGGAAGAGGGUCUUGAAGGCGAAAAAAGACAGUAAGAACCUUAAAUGAAAGGUUCAAACUAGUAAACUGGUAAACCUUCCAUGUGGUGAGGGGAUGAUAGGGAAGUAUGGAUAUUUUCUGAAGCAGCACAUUGAGAGUAAAAACCGACAAUAACAGUGCAUCAUGCUGACAUUCCUUUUUUUUUUUUGCUUUGGUACUUCGAACACCUCUCUUACCAUAAUUUUAUUCUUCAUAUUAAACAUAGUUUUGAUUUAUUUGUAGAUGGUUUGGGAAGUGCUGGUAUAUACACAACCUCCUUAAGUAUGAAUUUGAUAUUGAAUUUGAUGUAAGUAUUUUAACGGUUCUAUAGAACAUAUAUUGACCACCAGCCCAAAAGGAACAUGAUAGGGUUAUUUAAUGCAUUUGCAAUAAUCCUUAGAACAUAAUAAAUACACUCAACACUUCUGCCUAUGGGCGUGAGUCUGUGAACACUUUUGCUUUCUAAUUAAAUGCCAUACCAACUGUAUUUCCCCAAAUAAUCGCCGUGGUGCUUAUUUCAAAUUUCAGCAGGGAUCAUAGGGCGCCUAUUUAAUGGAGAGCACUUAAUCAAGGGGCUGCUUAUCACAUUUUCCUUAGAACAAAGUAGAGAAUAGUCAAGUUGUUCCGGGGGGAGGGGGGGUUGUACUGACAUAUAUUAUUGGCUUUAUAGAGAUUACUUCACUUGAUGAGUGAAUAAAAAUCAUACAAAGCUUUUCCCAUGCUGUAAUGUGUGUAUUUCAUAGGUACUGAGAUUUUUUUCGUGUAAUUUGGUAGACAAAUGCACAAAGGGGCGAUUAAAAAAGUUAAAAGUAGUCAAUUUAAAAUCGCCCAACAACUGCAACUAACUUAAUGAAAGCUUUUAAACUUAGAACACUUACUGUGGUGUUUAGCCUGAGCAUGUUUAAAAGUGCGCCAGGACUACACAUACCAAGUAAACCCUUCUAAUACAAUAUUUUUAACUCUUUGCUUUGGUCUUUGCCGCUGGAAUAUUUUCAAUUUUCCUGUCUUUGUUCGUCAUUUUUAAAAACCUUUUAAGCAAUCUUACUUCUAAUUCAGUUUUUUAAGCGGUAUUUUUGUUUUCAUGUUCCAAAAAUAAAUUCUUCAACCAAGCAAACAGAAGCAAACCUUCCCUCGCGCAUUUUCAAAGUGUGCAGAUUUUUGUGCAAUGGCUCUCGGGUGACAUUGUCUUCACUACGUUCAUUCAUCAUAAGUGAAAUUUCGUGGUUGCUGAUUGGACGAAUGAUAGUUUUUCACGGUGAAAUUUUGUCGUUUGUGCUCCUGAUUGGCUCCGAGCAGAAUCAGUGCGAAUUUUAUUCACUAUGAUUUUUGUGGAUAAAUCUCAGCACCUAUGAAAUAAAUAGCUUUGUACUGCUGUGAGGGGUAUGGUUUUCAAGCAGUUUACCCUGAGAUAUGGGUAUAUAAAUCAGAGAGUUUGGGACUAGAACAGGACAUCGUUUUCCAGGAAACUGAUCAGUUGGUUAAAGAUUUUAGUCUAGACUAGGGAUACCAGGAAUUGCCAUUCAUUAAUAUAAAAAAAUCAAAUCGGCAUGUUAAAAAUUAGACAACUCAGACUAAAGCUACUGUCGGAUAGAAGGAAUUUGGGGAGUUUAGUCUAGUAAAGGGGUCGCAAAAUUUAGCUGAACUAUCUCUGGUGUAGGCUAAGGGUUCCAGGGUCUCAGCAGCAUGUCCCCACCCCAAAAUUCUAAAAGUUCCCCCCGGGAGUUGUUCCUAGGAAGUUUAUGGCAUCUACCAAGAACAUGGUCAAUAGGACAAAAAUUGAAAGAAGAGACAACGCACAUAAAGGAAUUCUGCACAUGGUUAUAGAAAUAACUGGAAGUAUCAUCAUGGAAAAGAAACUAUUCUCCCAUACUGAUUCUGCUGUAGUCAAAGCCUGAAAAGUUAAAAAUAAAGUGGCCAUAGAAGUUGAUUUUCCUUCUAUCACUGCUAUUUAAGAAAGUGCUAGGGGAUGGGAAGGGGGUGCUUUUUCCAGAUGUGAAAGAGUAGCACUAUUUGUUUUAUCCAGUAGUCAAGCCAUUCCUUGAGGAUAUUACAUAAUGCAGUCUGCUUUGGGAAAAUUAUUAUUUUAUAAUCAACUUGCAUGGCAAUUAACAGUAAAGUAGAAAUUUGCACAAGAUUCUCAUUUCAGUCUGUUCAAUCAGUAGCUGGAUCAUAAUGUCAUUCUUUUCACAGAUUCCAGUGACAUAUCCCACAACAGCACCAGAGAUAGCCAUUCCAGAACUUGAUGGGAAAACUGCAAAAAUGUAUAGGUAACUAAUGGCAUUAUUCAUUAAAAUUCUUACUUGACUUCAAAUGGUGGGUGCUCUCAAUAUAAGUAUACAGUCAAAACACCCUGUAGCAGAAGCAGACACCAUAAACAAACUGAUAAAUCGUCCCCAACCAGAGCUUUCUGAACUGACCCUAGUAAGCAACCACUAGUAAUAAUAAGAGAUAACUGCCCACUUUUUGGAGAUUGCACCAUUCACUUCAAAUGUUGGAGAUAUACAGUUGACUCCCAAUAACUUGAACCUUCUAGGGAAAUCGAAAAAAGUUCAAGUUAUUGAGAGUUUGAGUUUUGGGGAGUUCGAAGCAAAUUACUGAGAAUAAGGAAAUAAGCAAAUGGGCGGGGAGAGAAUACAAUAAUUAUUAUCACACUUCACUUCAAGGGCAGCAAGAAAUAAAGAUUGAUAUUUGACAAGGAAAUUGAAGCAACAAAGCUUGAGUAAUGUACAGGACUGGACACUGCAUUUGAACUGGAUUGACAAAGAAGUAAAGACAAAGAAUACAUGGUUGUUCUGAAAUAAAUUCAAUGUUUCGGACUGCAGAACCUUAUUUUUGUCACGCUCUUAAAACAUAGUUUGAGUUAUCAUAAUCAAGAGAUAGAAAUGAUCCGAAGGGAAACAAAAAUUGUGUCGAGUUAGCGGGAGGUUUGAGUUAUCGGGGGCUCAAGUUACCAAGGGUAAAAUUAUGUAAAUGUAUGAAGGAAAUCCAGGGUUAAUCGUUUUUGGUUCGAGUUAGCCUGAGGUUUGAGUUAGCGAGGGUUUGAGUUAGUGAGGGAUCCACUUACUGGGAUUUGACUGUAGGAUUAAAAGAAAGAAAAGUUGAAGCUGUUUUUCAAUAUGGGAGUAAUAUGACGUAGCCGUCAUUUCUGUCUCCUUUUAGAAAAGCGGGAGAAAUGCUGGGGACCCAUGGAAUUGGGGGGGGGGGAGUAGUGCUGGAAAGGAAACCCACCCCUCCCCUGCCCCUAUUUUUUUUGCUCACUCUCAUACGUCUUCGGCUCUUAACUGGCUUGGCUAAAAGGAAAGGGAAACCACUGCUAUGCAGGCUAUAUGGGAUUUUUUUCAAGGUGACCGCGGUAGAGUUUCACCUGUUGUCUGCUUGCAAGAGUGUCUUUUAAGAGAGUUAACAAUGUACCUAGACCCAGAUUUAAUUUUGCAUUUUUGAAGCCUGCUUCCACUUUCCUUUUUUCUCUUUAUUCCAUUUCAGGGGUGGCAAGAUUUGUAUGACAGACCAUUUUAAGCCUCUCUGGGGUAGAAAUGUCCCUAAAUUUGGAAUAGCCCAUGCCAUGGCUCUUGGGGUAAGUAAUUGUUAAACGUUGACUUAAACCCCAAUAUCCGCACUCAAAUUCUCCCAACUGAUCUCUUUACAUUUCCUUACAGAAUUAGUUCAGAGAAUUUGAUAAAAGAUCAAAACAUUUUCCCCUUAGGUGAUCAUUUCAUUAAUUCUCCUAACCUUUUCUCUUGAUUAUGCAUUGAUAUGGUAAGGAGAAAAUUGAUGUUGGUCACUCUUGGGAUGUAAAGGAUUAAGAGGUCAAAGAAAAAAAUCCUAAGAAAAUUCAACUUGCUUUUUGUAAUAAGAACACUUUACAGCAGAGUUCAGUCUUGCUUGUUUGCAGAUUAGAUUGAGAAAUGAGGAGGCGAUUAAUUCUACACAAAACAGGAUUUACUCGCUCAAGGUUUUUUAUAUACUUCCUACUUUAGCAGGCUAUACAUGUGUAUAAAUACACAAAACUUCAAACAUUUGCUAAGGAGAAAAGCACUACAGUAGUAGCCUGUUAACUUGAACUCUGAAGGGAAAUGAAAAACAGUUCCAAGUAGAAGGGAAUUCGAGUUAUCGAGGUUCUACUGUAAUACAAUGAUGCUGAAACAAGAGACUGAAUUGUGUCCCUUGAAAAAGGCAUCAAUGACUUUUUUAUGUGAAUGGCUGCUUAUAAAAGUUGUAUGGUUUGUAUGGUGGUAAAAAUUGGGUUUUAUCAAGGUGGCCAUAAGGAACUGAGGAGAAUUAACCCUUUAAGCCCCAAGAGUGAUCAGCAUCAAAUUUCUCCUUUUAAUAUCAAUGCUUUGUAAAACGGAGUGGUCUUGAGAAUUGCAAACAUGAUCACACAAGAUGAAUUUGCUUGAUAUUUUAUCAACUUGCAAGUGGUCAGAACUAAUCUCUUCUGAUAAGGACAAAAAACCAUACUCCCUGCCUUGCAGCACUUUUACCAAUAAUUUUACUGGUCUGACUUUUGUGGGGCAACAGAUAAUUACUAAGGGGCAACGGUCGCUGGCAGUGAUCCCUCUAAUUUGCCAUUUCCAGGAAAUGCUUCAAUUCAUUAGAGCUCAGGAACCAGUUGCAAAAUAUAAUACUAACAUCACUACCAUGCUUCUUUGGUUAAAGUGUUUUUAAUCCAAAACAAGGUUAAAGCCUUAGAAGUAGAGCGUUCUACUUGUAAGAGUGUCCAUAGACCCUCAACUAUAUAUAGACUGCUAUGAUGAACAAUGAAGAUUCACUGUUUUCUCUGAAUUGUUAUUGUUUUUGUUUGUUUUUUUUGGAGAGUAAAAUGCGUCCAGUAUUGUGAAAGGAAAGCUUUUCUGGGUAUUUCCAUUUUUGUUCAGUUAGCAAACGUUUUGUAACAAAAGUUGGCCUCAGUUUUAUCUUGACAUCUAAGCCUAUAUUUCUUGAGUUGUCAUCCAUACGUGAUAAUAGUGAAAUUCGUUCUUUCCUCUUUUCUUUUAUCUUUCUUUGUUUAUUGAUAAUGAUUGAAAGAUACAUAUCCAUUUAAAAACCAAGGAGAUAAUGUUCCGACGUUUCGGCGACCUCAUGACGCCAUUAUCAAUGAACUGGAAAUAGAUAAAUGCGAUUCAAUCCGUGCUUAAGUCUUUAUCCAGCUCUCCUAACUUAAUGCAAAUUUAGAGUACUUUAAUAAAUCUUUUUGAACUCGCAUUUAUUUAUUUCCAUGUCCUUGACAACAGCGUCGUAAGGUCACCAAAAUGUCGGAACAUUAUGUCGUUAGUUUUUACAUGUCUAUCUUUUCUUUGUUUCGUUUUAUUUUAGCUUGGUCCCUGGUUGGCCGUAGAAAUUCCUGAUCUCAUAGAAAAAGGACUGAUAGAAUACAAAGAAAAAACUGCAAGCAAAUAG